CUGGUCUCCUUUUCGUGGUUCAGCCUUCUCCUUGGAAACAAAAAUGAGUUCUUUGGAUCAUGAGCCUUCGAAGAGGUACUGUAUAAGGAAAAGGCAUGUGGCCAUUAUCUGUGCGGUGGUGGUUGCUGUAGGAGUAAUAGUGGGACUCUCAGUGGGACUGAGCAGAUCUUGUAAGACAUCUGAGGAUUCUGGCCAGACCCCCACCACCCCGACUCCCGGACAUUCAACUGUCCCUCCAUCUGAAGCCGCUCUCUGCCCUGCCAGUACCGAUGAAAGUGGCCAAUGGACGAGCUUCCGACUGCCCACAUACAUCAACCCUGUGCACUACGACCUGGAGGUGAAGCCUGUGAUGGAAGAGGAUACGUACACAGGCACAGUCACCAUCCAUAUCAAUGUGACAGAGCCCACAAAACACCUGUGGAUGCAUAUCCGAGAGACGUGGAUCACCGAGCCAGCUCCAGUGCUGAAGAAGUCCUCAGGGGAGCAGGUGCCGGUGAAGCGGUGCUUUGAGUACAAGCAGCUGGAGUAUGUGGUGAUCGAGGCUGAGGAAGAGCUGCCUCCGAAUGAUGGAGAGAGCACCUAUCUCCUGACCAUGAACUUCAAAGGCUGGCUCAAUGGCUCCCUUGUCGGAUUCUAUCGGACCACCUACACCGAGAAUGGAGUACUCAAGAGCAUAGCAGCUACAGAUCAUGAGCCAACAGAUGCACGGAAAUCAUUUCCUUGUUUUGAUGAGCCCAACAAAAAAGCCACUUACAGGAUAUCUAUCAUCCAUCCACAAGAAUAUAGUGCACUUUCGAAUAUGCCAGUAGAGAGAGAAGAGCUCGUGGAUGACAAAUGGAAGAGAACCAUUUUCAUGAAGUCUGUUCCAAUGAGCUCCUAUCUGGUGUGCUUUGCUGUACAUCAGUUUACAAGUGUGGAGAGAACUUCGGCUAGUGGAAUUCCUCUCAAAAUCUAUGUCCAGCCGCUUCAAAAGCAGACAGCUGACUAUGCUGCAAACAUCACCAAAAUUGCAUUUGACUAUUUUGAAGAAUAUUUUGCAAUGAAUUAUUCCCUUCCAAAAUUAGAUAAAAUAGCCAUUCCAGAUUUUGGCACUGGUGCCAUGGAAAAUUGGGGUCUUAUCACGUACAGAGAAACCAACUUACUUUAUGAUCCUCAGGAAUCAUCUUCUUCAAAUAAACAGAGAGUGGCUACUGUGGUUGCUCAUGAGCUUGUUCACCAGUGGUUUGGCAAUACUGUGACCAUGGAUUGGUGGGAUGACCUAUGGCUAAAUGAAGGAUUUGCCUCUUUCUUUGAGUUCCUGGGAGUAGCUUAUGCAGAAAAAGAUUGGCAAAUGAGUGACCAGAUAUUACUUGAAGAUGUUUUUCCGGUGCAAGAAGAGGAUUCCUUGAUGUCUUCUCACCCAAUUGUUGUAAAUGUGACAACUCCUGCUGAAAUAACAUCUGUAUUUGAUGGAAUAUCCUAUAGCAAGGGAGCUUCCAUUCUUAGAAUGCUUGAAGACUGGAUAACCUCAGAGAAUUUUAAACUUGGAUGUCAGAUAUAUUUGAAGAAAUAUAAAUUCAGAAAUGCAAAAACAGAUGAUUUUUGGGCGGCACUAGAAGAGGCAAGUAAUAAACCAGUGAAAGAAGUUAUGGACACGUGGACUAGACAGAUGGGUUACCCUCUUUUGACUUUAAAAGAUAAUCGGCUCGUGGAACAGAGUCGUUUCCUGUUGGACCCCAAAGCAGAUGCUUCACAGCCAACUUCUUUUCUUGGUUACAAAUGGAAUAUUCCAGUUCACUGGUCUCAAGGGAACAGCAAUAGUGUUACAUUCUACAAUAUGUCGGAGAAGGAAGGAAUCAUUUUGAACCCUAAUAGUCCUAGUGGAAAUGAUUUUCUGAAAAUAAACCCAGAUCACAUUGGAUUUUAUCGUGUAAAUUAUGAAGAGGAAACUUGGGAAACAAUAGCUGAACGGCUUCUCAGCAACCACUUGGUAUUUUCUUCUGGUGAUCGGGCAAGUUUUUUUGAUGAUGCCUUUUCUCUGUCAAGGGCCAAUCUUCUGAAUUACAGUGUUUCUCUGAACCUGACCUUGUAUCUCAAAAAUGAAAGGGACUACUUACCAUGGCAGAGUAUUAUUUCGGCACUAUCUUAUAUGACCAGCAUGCUUGAGGAUGAUGCAGAAUUGUAUCCUCUGUUGAAGGAAUACCUUCGCAGUCGGGUAAAGCCCUUGGCAGAUUCUCUGAGUUGGAAAGAUGAAGGAGAGCACCUUGAAAAGUUACUUCGAGCCUCAGUCCUAGGGCUAGCAUGCAAGAUGGGAGAUACAGAUGCACUGAAUAAUGCUUCUAAAUUAUUUAAGGAGUGGCAAAACGGAACUAGUCAACCUGUGAAUCUCCGACUUCUGGUGUACCGAUAUGGAAUGCAGUACUCAGGUGAUGAAGCUGCAUGGACAUACACACUGUCACAGUAUGAGCAGACCACUCUAGCUCAAGAAAAAGAAAAAUUACUUUAUGGAUUAGCAUCUGUGAACAAUAUUACUCUUUUAUCAAGGUAUCUGGAACUUCUCAAGGACACCAACGUCAUUAAAUCCCAGGAUGUGUUUACUGUUAUCCGAUAUAUUUCAUACAAUAGCUAUGGCAAGAGCAUGGCCUGGGACUGGAUACGAUUCAACUGGGAAUAUCUAGUCAACAGAUUCACUCUUAAUGACCGAUACCUUGGCCGAAUUGUGACAAUAGCAGAGCCGUUCAACACUGAGUUACAGCUCUGGCAGAUGGAGUACUUUUUUAACCAAUACCCUGAAGCUGGAGCAGGAGCAACUCCUCGACAGAAAGUUCUGGAAUCAGUGAGGAAUAACAUCGAAUGGUUGAAAGUUCAUAGAGAGGACAUCAGAGAGUGGCUGCUUUAUGCUAACUCUAGAAACAACUAAGGAAUUUAAAAUACAUUUUAAUUUUAUGAAUUCAUUGUUCCUUCCAUUAAGCACUUAGGAGACUGAUUUCAAAAACACUAUGCAUAUAGACUAAAAGCAAAAAUACUGCUGCUUGCUAGAAGUUUGUGCAUGUGUGUCUUUGGGCCUUAUUUUUCAAAGCUUUAAAAAAAAUCUCCCUUUGUUUAUGAAGGAAGAUACUAGCAGAGUAUUGAAUAAACUCAGGGAUUCCUUCCGAGCGUACUUUAUAAGAGAUCCUUACACACUGAAGAGAAUUUAAUAGUCAUUUAAUGUCUUUAAGGAUCAUUCUUUACAUCUUAAACCUGUGGGGGAAAGGGAACAUUUUAGUCUUAGCUUUUACAUUCUUAGGACCAAAGAAACACCACUUAAUCUUCUCUCCUGAUUGAUUUUUAAAGUUUAAAUACCAGCACUUGAGGGACCAAUAUCACCAUCUUAAUCUUUAUUUUAUUAUUCAGAAUCCUACAGACCUAAUUUCAUUUUAUUCACAUUUGUCUUACUACUUUAAAUCCUGUCAAAGUAACUAGAGCUUAAGUCAGACUCAAUGAGUGCAUGAAUUAGCCAGAGCAGGAAGGCAACAGUUACCUUCACUUUUCACAAAAUCAACAAGAGAACUCUA